AAAUUACAUUUUACAUUUGAAUCUCGGUCAUUGGCGUACUUCCGACUUCGCGUGCGACAUGUUCGAAUCCCUGCCAUUCACGGGAUUUAAAUUUUAGCAUUGCGGUACGAUGGACAUUAUUUAGCUUUCCGUUGUUUUUUUCCAGUUUUAUGCUAAUGCCUUAGCUGGCUAGAUAGCGUGCGUACACUUUGACAGUUUCAAGAGAGACAAACCCCAUCUGUUCACCAGCUCAUGCUAACAUUUUCCCAAGACGUAAUCAUUCGUCCGCUGGAGACAGUGGCAUUUAACGUUUACUUGAACUGUGAGAUAGACUGAUCUUCACAUGCUGGUAUCCGCCUCAUUGACUGAUGCCUUUAAGUCUGUCUUUGAAUGUUUCUGUUUAUUUUCAUAGAAUGUUAAGGGGCCCUCAAAUCCUGACCUGGUCUUGUCCCAUAAGGUCAUUGCUGCUAUUGAAAGAGUCCCACCUCUCUGCUCUCUUUGUGCACACUGGUCCUGUAUGGCAGGGUGCAAGACAUGUGAACGACAGCAGAAGCAAGGAGGGGUCAUCAUUGUCCACAGAGAGUGUGUCCUGUGCAAUACAGCUGUCUUUAUUUAGCUCUGGUUGUGAUAAUCAUCAUCUGACGGAGGCUUCAUUUCAAAACCUCGUAUCCAAAGCCAUUUUAUCCAGCCAUCAUCACACACCUCAGGUUUCAGCCUCUGCAAAAGCCAAGGAAGUGUCUGAUCCUUGGAAAUGCACUGUAGUGGAAGAUUCAGGUCAACACCCUAAAGCUUUGAGCACUUACCAGGACUGUCUAACCAACGCCACUUGCCUUCAACCCUGGAGAAGGCGUCAGAACUUUCGUCAAGGUUCACUCGCUUUCACCAACAAGACUCAAUGUAACCUUCUUCAAAUCCAUUUAUAUUACAGACAGUACUUUGUCAGACUUUUCAGCAUGUCGACACAUAUGCCACGGAUUUUAAAUCACUUUUAUGGUAGACCACAAGCCUCCGGCCUCUUUCCUCAGCAAAUCAGAGAUAUUCAUCAGGCUGCCCCUCGUUUGGUAGAUUCCUGGAGAGACUGUCUAUCCCCAGAGAAUGAAAACAGGUGUCGGCAAAAGCUGGGGCCAAACUUAAAGCUCUACGAGGUGGGCAAGGGGAGAAAAGCAACAAGUCAGAGCCAAGGAAAGAACCAAGGGAGAUGGGCGUCCGUUCUGGUCUCUCUCUGCUCUGUCGAGGGGCAACCGGCAUUUCUCUUCACCCUGCGCUCCAGCACAUUGAAGGGCAGGCACAAGGGAGAUGUCAGCUUUGCAGGAGGGAAGAGUGAUCCGUCAGACAGAGAUGUGGUGGCCACAGCACUGAGGGAAGCCCAGGAGGAGCUGGGUGUAAAUGUGGCAACAGAGAAGGUCUGGGGCGUCCUGAAGCCUCUCAGGGACAUGUCAGGGAUGAUGAUUGCUCCUGUGCUGGCUAACCUUGGUCCCUUAGAGGAGUUUUCCUUUAAACCAAACCCCGGAGAGGUGGAGGAGAUCUUCACCUUGUCUUUGUCCCACUUGUGUAACCCCCAGAACUGUGGCUACACACACUUCCGCACUGGUGACAAGUAUGGAUACACACUCCCAGUAUUUCGUAACGGGAAGCAUCGAGUGUGGGGCCUGACCGCUGUUGCUUUAGCCCAUACCCUGAAACUCAUUGUUCCUCCUUAGCAGCUCAGUCAGUGUUACUUUAUAGUUUACAAUUCUAAAGCACACCUAUAAUGUGACUCAAAUAUUUGAUUAUUAGAAAUGUGCAAUCAAUCUUUGUGUAGCAUAUCAUGUCAGGAAUCCACACGAGAGAGACAGAGAGAGAGAGACAGAGAGAGAGAGAAACACAGCUGUAACGGAUUUGAUUAUUUCCAGUUUGAUUCAACCCAUGUCUGUUUCCCAUUUUAUCUCACACUAUAACUGGACUGUUAUAAACACUCUCAAUAAUAGUAUCAAUAACAAUAGAGGCACAUCAUAGUGUGUUGUGUUGAAGAACAAUGCAAUAAAGGUUAUUUAAAAGAUU